AUGGACCCGACUUCUUCAUCAUCAACUUCUCGAAAAAGAGUCAGAUGGGCAGAUGCACCAAAUUCCAAAAAGAAGCCGAUGGAUUUUUCCACAGAUGAUCCAGCUCACUAUGACGGUGUGGUCCGGGUAGAGGGACAGAAUUUCUAUAUUUGUAAGCAUCAAUUGGCUCGACAAUCUGAAUUUUUUCGAAAUUUGUUUUUCCAAGGAUUCGAAGAAUCCAAAAAGGACGUCAUCGAGUUGAAGGAGGUCUCUGCGGAGGCGUUCCAGCUGUUUCUGGAGCUCAUCAGUGGGUAUAAUAGGCUCAGUGACGACAAUAUCGAAGGAAUCACCAAGAUCUCUGCCAUGUGGCAGGCCGACAUCCCCCUGGGCAAAUGUUUGAAAUUUCUGAUGAAAAAAUCAGAAUUCACAGAAGAGGACAAGCUGAUCCUUGCGGACAAAUACGAUUUGGCGGUUUUGAAGGAUUCCCUCUUUGAAGACGUCACAUCCACUCUCGAUAUGGAAAUGCUUCUUCCCGAUAUGGAUAUAGCGAGCUUUAAGCCGGACACCAUCCUCAUGAUUGCCAAGAAGUUUAUGGAAAUCAAUGAGGUGCGACGUCCGAUGCCUCCAGAUUCUCCAAUCGUCGUACAAGUCGACUCGGAUCCAGAUGACAGCGACGAUGAAGAAGGAGCCCCGAUUAUCGGAUUUCGAAGAGUUCAACGAAUUGCACAAGCCUUCCCCGGCAAUAUUGGUCGGUUACUUCCUCCAAUAGCCCAAGAUGCGGCUCCACAAGCUCUAGAUGCUCCAGGACGAGUUGGAGAGGCUCAAAGAAAUCUUCUUGGAGAAGCCAUUAGACUUCGAAACCUUCAGCAAGCCGACAGAAAUGCUCAGAACGCUCCAAAUGGAUUGGCUCCAGAAGGUCCAGGAGCGCCGAUAGCUCCAGGAUUGGCUCCCAGAGCUCAAGAAGAGAAUUUCUGGGCUCCAUUGGCUGCGGAAUUGGCUCCAAGAGCUGCAGCAGAUCCAGAAUUGGCUCCAAGAGGUCUAGGAGCUCCAGAUUUGUUUCCAAGAGGUGAAGGAUUGGUUCAAGCGGCUCCAGCAGCUCCAGAAGGGAUUCAAGUGGCUCCAAGAGCCCAACUACCGUAUGCUCACGCUUUCGGAGACGCCAACGCACCUCAGAAUUAUCAGAAUGCCGUCUGGAAUGAAAUAGUGCUCAGAAAUGCUCAAAAUGCUCAAUAUCAAGAAUUCUUCUUUCGUCAUUUUCCUCCGUUUUGA